UAGGGAACGAUGUCGCUCCUCAAAGUCUCCGGGACCAAGAUCGUCGACGAGCAGGACCAGGAGGUUAUCCUACGCGGCGCGGGACUGGGCGGGUGGAUGAACAUGGAGAACUUCAUCACCGGCUACCCCGCGACCGAGGCUGCCAUCCGCGAAGCACUCACGGAGACGAUUGGGCAGGAGAAGGCGGAUUUCUUCUUUGACAAGUUCCUCGAAUACUUCUUCCAAGACGAGGACGCCGCAUUCUUCAAGAGCCUAGGGCUGAACUGCAUCCGCUUGCCGUUCAACUAUCGUCACUUCGAGGAUGACAUGAACCCUCGCGUGCUCAAGGAGUCUGGCUUCAAGCACCUUGACCGCGUCAUCGACAUCUGCUCCAAGCACGGCAUCUACACAAUUCUCGACCUGCACACCGCGCCUGGUGGGCAGAACACGGACUGGCACUCGGACCACGGCGGGCAUAUUGCGAACUUCUGGAACCACAAGGACCACCAGGACCGCGUAAUCUGGCUUUGGGAGAAGCUUGCGGAGCACUACAAGGGAAACAAGUGGAUUGCUGGCUACAACCCCCUCAACGAGCCCACGGACCCCAAGCAGACGCGCCUCAUCGACUUCUACAACCGCGUCCACGCCGCCAUCCGCGCCGUCGACCCCGACCAUGCCCUCUUCUUCGACGGCAACACCUUCGCCUCUGACUUCUCGCACUUCGGCGAGGCACAGAAGGGGUGGGACAACACCGCGUACGCGAUCCACGACUACUCGCUGUUUGGGUUCCCGCGGAUGGAGGAGUACGCGGGGACGGACCUGCAGAAGCACAGGAUGAAGCGGUCGUACGAGAAGAAGCGGCAGUGGAUGGACGAGCGGGGGUUGUGUGUGUGGAAUGGGGAGUUCGGGCCGGUGUAUGCGAGGAGGCAGUAUGAUGGGGAGGAGACGGAUGCGAUUAAUGCGAGGCGGUACCAGGUGUUGAAGGAUCAGCUGCAGUUGUACAACAAGGACCGCCUGAGCUGGACGAUCUGGUUGUACAAGGACAUCGGCUACCAGGGCAUGAUCUACACCGACCUCUCGACGCCGUACAUGACGCUCUUCAAGGACUUCCUCGCCAAGAAGCAGCGCCUCGCCGUCGACGCCUGGGGCUCCGACGACAGCGCCGUCCACCAGUUCUACGACCCGCUCGUGCAGCACAUCAAGGACGAGAUCCCGGAGAAGUACCAGAACCUGUAUCCGCACCCCGUCUGGAAGCUCGAGAGCCGCGUCACCCGGCUCGCGCGCAACAUCCUCGUCGCGGAGUUCAUGGUGCAGGAGUGGGCGGACCACUUUGUGGGGAAGAGCUUCGAGGAGCUGGACGCGCUUGCGGCGAGCUUCAAGUACGCGAGCUGCGCGAAGCGGGAGGAUCUGAAUGCGAUUCUGAGGGAGAAUGCGAAGCUGGUGGCGCAGGCGUAGGUGUCGAAGGAAAGUCGAAUGUAGCUUUAUCUAUGUAUUCUUAUGUCUUCUAGUCUAUGUCAUUGACCUCUUUCUCGGA